AACUACGAGGAAAAGUAUCCUGAAGAUGCGUACUGUGAAGAGAUGGGACCUAAUGCUCGGGUAUUUCGGACGUACCUCGACGAGCGCGCGAUCUAUGACGCGAAUAUGGUCGAAGAGGCGAGAGACGGUGUCGAUGUUCUUCUCGUUUUCGCGGGUCUGUUCUCGGCCGUGGUUACAACAUUCGUAGCCCAAACUUCGCAAAGCCUACAAGCGGACUACGCUGAAAUGUCGGCUAAUCUACUGUUCGAAAUGAUCAAUAUUCAGCGUGCUAUUGCCAGCGGCGCUUCCUUGGACACCGUUUCUGCUUCCCCUCUGAACCCCGACAUCGCGUUCAUUGCUUCAGCCACGAGCGUCUGGGUGAAUGGUCUGUGGUUUACCAGUCUUGCGCUCAGCCUCACAACGGCGCUCGUGUCGGUGCUGGUCAAGCAAUGGCUCCAUCAUUACAUCGCUUUACCCUCGGGAACACCCCGCGAGCGUAGCCUUCUGCGGCAAUUCCGAUUUGCGGGACUGCAGAAAUGGCGUGUUCUCGUUAUCAUUGGGCUACUCCCUGUUCUAAUGCACACUGCCCUUGCGAUCUUCUUUGUUGGCCUCGUGAUCUUCCUUGGCCCAUUG